CUGAUGACGGAUACCGGAGGAAACUGGCUUCAAAAGCGCACAUUCUGCAGCUCCCAGUAUUAAGAGCUGAUUUUUGGGGAUUGAUCUCUUCACUGUGCCGCCGUGUUGGAUUGAGUUGGCCAACCAGACGAGGAUGUCGCUGCACAAACCUGCCCUCAGACGUAGCGCCUCUACGUUAGAGUCAACCAAUCGCGGCAGCCCUUUCGUGACCCCGCCCACAUCUCUCAACCUUCGCACUUCUCUCAAUCAACAACUGGGCCGUGACAUCACAAGGGGAGGAGGUUCUGUGGAGACACAAGGUUCUGCUGUUCCUUCAAAGAACCGCCAGAAAUACGCUUUGACCAACUUGCAGAAUGCUAUGGGGCAGGAUGGAAGUCCUGUCCCUGGAAGGGUUAAACCCGUUCCGACGAAAUCUGCCUCUUCCUCUUCCCUCUGUUCUUUUUCUCUCUCAUUCUCUCCGUCCAACCCCAAACUGGCAAAAAAUGGCACCAAUCUCCAGCUGAAGGAGACUCAGUUCGAUCUCAGUCGAAAAGACACAAACCGCAAUGACAUCACGGCUGAGUGUGGACGUGAUUGGCCAGACCCCUUUGCCAAAGAUGGCGAGAAGAACAUGCCCUUUAGACGACGGACCAAAAGCUUUUUGGAGUAUCACCGUGAAGAAGAAGAAGAAGAAUCUCCUGUGAAAGAAAUCCAGACACAGGAUGAAGAGAAACCAUGCUUGCCCAAGCUGGAGGUCCAAAACUGGGCCAAAGAAAAUCGGGUGGAGGCUCAUCUCACACUGCCUCAGAAUCACCUGCUGCUUCUGGCCAAUGAAGAGGAGGAAGAGCACCAGAGCCCUGUGCACACUCACCUGAGCCCCGCCCACACUCCAGUGAAGUGUGUAAAGGAGGACAGAAGCAAAGACGGUGGGCUGAAGGUUAUGUCAAAACCACAUUUUGCAGGAGAAAGAAAAGAGACUCCACCCACUUCCCUGCCGAUAGUUCGGUCUCUGGUCCCACCCAAUUCUCUGCCCAUGGCCCCACACGCUGUGGCUCACCAAAAAGACAAACAGGUGGAGGAGGAAGAAGAGGAUGAGGAUGAUGAUUCAAGUUGGACAACACUGUCUCAGGAGAGUCCGUCUAUCGAGACACCACAGGAAACAGGUCCGUGUAGUGACUCAGCGCUGCCCCCUGUGUGGCAGAAGGAGGAUGAUGUGGUGUCUGAUGUUUAUCUCUGGCACAACAAUGCGCAACAGGAUCAAAAUGUCACAGAGAGCAAACAGAACCAGGAAGGUGGGGCAAGUUCGCUGUGUGUGCCCUCCUCUAAGACUCAGUGUGAGAGGCCUAGUAGUAUCGUGUCUGACAGUUCUGUGGAGCCUGUACCUUCAUCUGCUGCUUCUUCACCCUCCUCAUCCUCACUCUGCUAUGAAGUGACGACAGGCAGCUUCCUCAAUAACAACUACCUGGACCUCAAGGAGACCGACUCGAGAAGGAGUGAAAGUGGGAGAGGAGAGGAGCGUCGAGAGCAAGAGUGCACUGGAGCUCGGUGCAUGCCGUACAGCUACGUGAACCUGAGAUACAGCAGAUCGAAAGUUCCAGCUCCUCCGGCUGAUACCGUGAUCCCCAUCAACGACUUCGAGACACACGUGUUUCGGGUGCGCUCUCUCGGCUGGAUGGAAGUGUGUGAGGCCGACAUGGCGUCCGGCAGCAUUGUGAUCAGCGACUGCAUCCGACUCCUCCAGCACUCAAACACACACCCUUCCACACGCACACUGUGCCGGAGAGAAAAAGAGUGUGCGGGGGAAAUGGAGGAGGGCAAAGCGAUGCUGUUAGUGCUGCAGGAUUCCACUCUGACCCUGAUCGACCCUGUAGACCACACCCUCCUCCACUCUCAGCUAAUAGGAAGCAUCCGUGUGUGGGGAAUUGGGCGGGCCCACAGCAGGGAUUUUGCCUACGUGGCUCGGGAUAAAAACACGCAUGUGCUGAAAUGUCACGUGUUCCAGUGUGACAGUCCUGCAGAAGCCAUCGCUGCCAGCCUGAACCAGAUCUGCUCCAGGAUUAUGGCGGAGAAGAAGAACGGUAAAACGGCGUCUCUGUCCGGCACCGACGUCCCACUGCAAGUAGACUUUCCCACACCAAAGACUGAAUUACAGCAGAGAUUCCAUGUUCUCUACCUGGGAAUGACGUCUGUGUCUCGUCCCAUUGGGAUGGACAUUAUAAACGGAGCAAUUGACAGUCUGCUGUCGUCCACGGGGAAGGAUGACUGGACCGCAGUGUUGCUGAAUGUGGAAGAUGCGACAGUCAGCGUUAUCAAAGAGAAGGAAGAGGAGGAGGAAGUGCUGGUGGAAUGCCGCGUGCGUUUUCUGUCGUUUAUGGGCGUCGGUCGUGACGUGCACACAUUCGCCUUCAUCAUGGACACGGGCAACCAGCACUUCCAGUGUCAUGUGUUCUGGUGUGAGCCCAAUGCAGGGAGUGUGUCUGAAGCUGUGCAGUCUGCCUGCGUGCUGCGCUAUCAGAAAUGCCUGGUCUCUCACUCUUCCUCUCAGAGGUCCUCCACCUGCUCCUCUCCGUCUUCUUCGGACUCUGUGACUCGCCGCGUCACGACCAGCGUGAAGCGCGGCGUCCAGUCCAUCAUAGACACUCUGAAAAAGAAGCCCGCCCCUGAGCUUCCCCACCAAUGACAGUGCAGCUCGGCGACCAUCACCGGCAGGACAUGUAAAUAAAAACAGUAAACUCUGUACGGCCAAGGGGAAACACAUGAUCCAAACCCAGGAAGAAGUGGAACGGAACGGAAGGCCUGAUGGGUGAAGCUUCACCCGUUGCUCUUUGAACUCUGACCGUCUCUCGGCGUUCCCUGAAGCAUGCCUUGGACAAAAACACACAAUUACACUCACUUUUAAGCUGACAGACACACAAACCACGAUGUGUUUAAGCGGUGAUUAUUACUUUGUUCCCAUCAUGUUGUUGAUAUCAGUGAAGACAUCAACAUUUUCGUGUCUGACGUCAUAAUUGCGUUAAACUUUACAAUUUCGGCUGUUCUGAACAUCUCAGCGUGUCAGGAUGAGCCGCGAUACAAAACGACGCGGUCAUUUCCGCCAGUUAGGUUGAAAACACAGAAACAUGACUGCGUGGGUGAAAUGUCAAGUCCGCCAGGUUCGCUUCGAGAAUCAUUUGCACGUGAUUCAAGUCUGAUUUAUGGAGCUCGAAGUGGCUCUGGGGUGUCAGACCCACUGUUCCCGCAACAACCGUCUAAAAUUCUCCUUUAAGUAAAACAAUAUGUUGCAUUAAUAUACAGUAGCAUGUUAAUUUUUUAAAAAAUGAUAUCUGUCUCAUAAAUUGCGCUCCUUUCAGCGCCCCCUACUGGUAAAGUCUCAUGUCGUGUUUGUCCCAUUGGUGUUGCUGAUAUUCAUGAUUGAUUGUUUUUUGAGCUUAAGGUUUUCAUGCGUUCCUGAUCUGAUUUGUUGACGAGACUCUUGGUGAUGUGGUUGAUAAGUUGAGAAUACUUGAGAACGAGGUGUUGAGUUCAGUCCUUUGACCAACACCGAGAUGAUUUCAGUCCAUCAGAAACUCGGAAUUUCCAAAAUUCCGACAUUGAUUCUUCUGCAAGAACAUCCUUUCCAGUACGUCCUGACGUCGCAUCUUGAUGGGAUUUUUAACGUGGCAUUCUUGUAAAAGUAACAUACCUUUCGAUAAACUUGUGUGUAACUGCGACUGUACACCUAACAAUUAAGCUAAGCAAGAAUGGGCAACUAAGCUAAUGUAAAAAUGAUUCCUGUGCAACCUUUUGGUUAAGGCUUGUUUCGUAUGGGCGUGUAGCGACUUGUGGGUGUGGCAUAUCCAGCUGUUUUUAAAAUUACGAUGUCAAGAAAUGUCAAAGUCUAUUUCAAGCCUACUGCAUAAUUCAUUCACUGUUAUUUUUGUUUGAAGGAUGUUUUAAUAUGACAAUAAAACCCAAGACAAGAUGAAACUGCAGUUACCUUUUCUCCAUUUUAGCGCCAAUGUCGAGCGAGAACGAGAAGCAGGGAAGGAACUGAAGUUCGGAUUGGUUCGAAGAUUUUAAUUAUUUGCAUAAGGUGGAAAAGUUGUCGAAUCAAAACUCAAUGCAACAAGCAAACCCAGACAAUGAACGCUUGACUCUCACUUUGUCAACAUGAAUUGGGGGGGGAGGAGCGUCUUAGAGUCUGGAAAAUACAGUAAGCAAAGUGUAACUCACCUGGGUCCCUCACUCACCAUAUUAAA